AUGAAAGAGAAGCUAACUACGUCUCUAGUGUUAGUGUUGCCAAAACUAGUAGAGCAAUACAAAGUUUACUGUGAUGCUUCCUAUCAGGGUUUGGGUUGUGUUCUAAUGCAGAACAAACAAGUAGUGGCCUAUGCCUUAAGGCAAUUGAGGGUGCAUGAAAAGAAUCAUCCCUCUCAUGACUUGGAGUUAGCUGCAAUUGUCUUUGCAUUUAAAAUUUGGAGACAUUAUCUAUAUGGGUGGAAAUCAAACAUGGUGGUUGAUGUCCUGUGCAAGAAGCGAGUUCAUCUCUCAUUUGUAACAAUGAAGGGGUUGGAGUUGUUCGAGAAGUUUCGUGACUUGGAUCUUAAUUUGGAUUGUCCAUUGGGGAAACUACAAUGUGGAAUGAACAUUAUAGAUAAUGAAUUGAUGAAUGUGAUUAAAGUUCUCCAAGUUACAGACGUAUCGACUCAAGAAAAAAGGAAGUUGACCGAGGUCCGCAAGACACCUUAA